UGAUCUUCACUUCCGCCUCUCUCCUCGUGGUCGCACAGUGACAGGCCGAAACACCGGUGAGGAGGAGGAGGAGGAGGAGGAGCCGACAGGAAGAUGGAGGGACCCGAUCCUCCCGGUGGGGGGAAGAACAAGAUGGAGUCUCACCUGAUCAAGGGGAAAGGUCCGGAACUGUCCAAGGAGGAGAAGCUUCGUUUGAGAAAAGAGAAAAAGCACCAGAAGAAGAGCAAGGAGAAGGCGGCAGCAGCAGGGGAGCCCGUGGACGUUGUGCAGGACGGGGCUGUACAGAAAACUGAGGUACAGCUGUCCAUCACAGAACCAGUCCCUCCAGUACCACCAGCUGCUGCUGGCCCAACGCCGGAGGCACCACCUGCAGGAAAAAGCAAGGCUGAGCUGAGGGCGGAGAGAAGAGCCAAGCAAGAAGCCGAACGGGCACAGAAACAGAGCAAGAAGACUGAGCCGAGUGGGGGGCCUGCACCAACCAAACCCAAGAGCCAGCCCUCGGAAAGCCAGACAGUGAAACGCCUCCCAGAACACGUCCAGGUCGAUGAUCCAGCAGCCCAGAAGAAGCUGGCAAAGAAGUUGGAGAGACAGCAAAAGACAAGUACUGGGACAGCCACGGCCCACCAUGGGCUGGAGGUUCCUCUGCGGCAGGACUAUGGGAACAAAGUCAGCCUGUUCUCUCAUCUCCAUCAGUACAGCCGGAAAAUGCCCCUCACCCAGCAGCUGAGCAUCCCGUCCUCUGCGAUACACCCGGCUGUGGUGAGGCUCGGUCUCCAGUACUCGCAGGGUAUUAUCAGCGGCUCCAACGCCAGAUGUAUAGCAUUACUGCACUGCUUCAAAAAGGUGAUCCGGGACUACAGCACUCCACCCCAAGAGGAGCUGUCACGUGACCUGGUCAACAGACUGAAGCCUUACAUUAGUUUCCUGACUCAGUGUCGCCCCCUGUCGGCCAGUAUGGGAAAUGCCAUAAAGUACAUCAAGAAAGAGAUCUCAAAUAUGGGUCGGCAGUUGGGAGAGGAGGAGGCAAAGGAAGAGUUGUAUCGUUGUAUAGACGGUUACAUCCAUGAGAGAAUCCAACUGGCCGCCAAGGCAAUUUCCAAAUAUGCGGCAGAGAAGAUCAGCGAGGAUGACGUCAUCCUGGUGUAUGGCUGCUCAUCGCUGGUGACCUACACACUCUGCGAGGCUCACAAAAGCGGGAAGAGGUUUCGGGUGAUCGUGGCGGACAGCCGGCCGCGGCUGGAGGGGAGAGAGACGCUGAGAAGACUGGUGAACGGCGGCAUCCACUGUACAUACAUCAUGAUCACCGCCAUCUCCUACAUCCUACCAGAGGUGUCCAAGGUGUUCCUGGGGGCGCAUGCUCUGCUGGCCAACGGCUACGUCAUGUCGCGGGUCGGGACCUCUCAGAUCGCAUUGAUUGCCAAAGCCCACAACGUGCCAGUACUGGUGUGCUGCGAGACCUACAAAUUCUGCGAGAAGGUGCAGACCGACUCCUUCGUCUCCAAUGAACUGGAUGACCCGGAUGACCUGGUGGUGACCCGCAAGGGGAAAUCUCCAUUGAAGGAUUGGGAAAAGACCCGCUCUCUGCGACUGCUGAACUUGGUGUACGACGUGACGCCCCCGGACCUGGUAGAUCUGGUUAUCACCGAUCUGGGGAUGAUCCCCUGCACGUCGGUUCCUGUGGUCCUGCGAUUGAAGAGCGGAGAGCAGUGAUGGCCGAAGUUUGUGUUUAUUUAUCGCUUCGUUAUUAAAGAAGUUCUGUUUACACCCUG